AUGAGUUUGGGCGUCAGCUACGAGCGGGUGUCACUCAUCCCCCAGCUCCUACAAGCAGGCUACGGUGGCGGCAUUCUGCUGCUCUGCCCGCUGGGAGAUGUCUUCCGCCUCCGACCCAUGAUCCUCACACUAUUGACCAUCACCACGGUAGCAUGGGCUGGUCUGUGUCUGACGGACAACUUCCAAGUUUUUACGGCCCUCAGCUUCUUGACCGGCUUCGUCACCGUCAGCCCCCAGCUCCUGCUCCCGCUUGUCGGCACCAUCAUGGCUCCCGACCGCCAGGCCACGGCCGUCUCUAUCGUCCUAGCCGGCGGGAUGAUGGGGCUUGCUGUGCCCCGCGUCAUCACGGGGAUCAUCACACAGUAUACCGAUUGGCGAACCAUCUACCGGGUUGCGCUGGGCCUCCAAGUUCUGCUCGUCGCCGCUAUGUGGCUGUUCUUCCCGGACUAUCCGCUUCUCCGCUACGAACAGGACGCCAGCCCCGAAUCCAAUCCCUACCAAGACCACCAGGAGGACCAGCCCUGGUUUCGCACGUAUACCUGCGUCCUGCUCGACAUCAUCCGCAUGGUCUUCACCAAACCCAUCCUCGCGCAUGGCUGCGCUGUGACGUUCCUAACCAACGCGGUGCUGACGGCCUUCUGGACGACGCUGACGGCGCACUUGGCCGCGGCGCCCCGUAACUUCGGGCCGCUCUACCUCGUCAUCGAGAAUUUUGCCACCUACAUCGCGGCCGUGGCGGGGAUGGUCCCCGGUAUUGUGGCCGUAGCGCUUGAUGCGUACGCCGGCGAGCGGAUCGGUGUUGGUGUCGGGGGCGCCAUCAUCCAAGCGGUGGGUGUGGACUUUGGGAUCCAUGUGGCCAGCAUCGCGUACCGGGCAGCCGUGUACAGGGAGCUGCCGGCGACCAAGGCCAACGUUACGUUCACCUUUAGCGCUUUCAUUGGGCAGCUUGUUGGGACGAGUGUGGGGAACGUGGUGUAUGCCAGGGGUGGGUGGGCACAAGUUGGGACGUUGAACAUUGCCCUUUCUGCGGGGGCAACCGUGAUCGUGUUAUCAAGAGGGCCAAAGGAGAAGGGCUGGUUUGGGUGGACCGGGGGGGCAAACCCAGGACUGAAGGAUGGAAGUGGCACUCCGGCGAAUAAGGAGCAAGUGCAAGUUGUAUGA